AUGCAUUCCAUCCUGGGAGGCUCUCCCACAUUCCGACUAGAGAAGUGGAGAGAGACGGAGCGAACCGGGCGAGAUUCGGUGAGGCCAACCGAGACCCACGGGGAGCUGGAACCACGAGCGAAGGCCGUAGGAUCACAAACUGGAAAUUAUGCAGAUGCUUGUACAUACAAUGGUCAGGAUUCCUUCGGCAAUUUUGCGGAUGGAGCUGGUGCCUCGCCACCGUCCAAAUCACAUGGUGUCACGCCGGCACGUCAACCGCCUUCACCUUCCGCAGAUGGAAGGGACAGCCCAUUCCUCGUGGCCAUCGGCUCGCCAGCCUUAGACUGUGCGCCGCCUUUUCCUUACACCGAUGCACGGUGUGCCUGCAGCCCUCGUCCUCGAGUCUCAAAGGGAAUGGUCUGCUCCAGAGCGGAAGCGACAACAUCACCGCUCUGCACGGCGCACGGCGCAUGGCGUGUGGCGCUUCCACGAACCUUCCAGGACCGCUGGAGGGAAGGGGGGAGGGGAUCCAGUUUCACGCAGGGUGGCGUUUAUGCCGAUUUCUAUCAAUUUCCAACGAAACAAGAAUGA